UAUCUCUGUUCAAUAGAUGAUGCUGAUUCUUUGCUGGACGACACCGUAGCCAACAGCAACCAGAACAACAGCAACUGCUCGUCGCCAUCGCGGAUGUCUGACUCUGUGUCUUUAACCACCGACAGCAGUCAGGACAACUCUCUGUGCACGCCAGAGAGGGAGUCCAAGAUGCCUUUCCUUCCAAAAAGCAGACAAGACGACGAGAAUAUGAACCAGCCAAAAGACACCACCCCUCUCCUCCACAAUGGCAAUGGCUCAGAACCGUCAAUCCAGACCCUGUUAAAAACCCAGCAGACCCCACCAGAGUACGACCUGUCGAUGGAAGCCUUCAUUGAGAAGGGGAUCACCAACGGAAUGGGGGACGCCUACACCAAGUGGGACCAGAUCAAUAUGAACGUGACCAAGCUGCCGCCGUACCACGCCCCGCAGUUCAGCGAGCUGGACAAAGCAAAGAACGGCUCGGUCAAUGACUGCAACGACUUCCAGAACGGGAACCAGCAGGGGAGCGACUGCAUCAACAGCCUGGUGAACAGAAGCCAAGGGACGAGAGCGGAGAUGUCCGCCUCGACGGGUGUGGCCGCCAGCAGCGACAUGUCGUUGUCUCGCAGCACUGAGGAGCUGUCUCCGGAAAAAAGAUGCCCGCUGCCGCCGCAAGUGACAAAAUCCCACAGCGUCAGCAACAUAGAAGCGGGCGGGAUGAAGCUGUACUCGUUCGAUGGGGACGACGAGGCUGCCGCAGCAGCGGCGGGUAGAAUAGUCCCAGGGCCGGGAGCUCAGGGUCAGAACAUCGUCCGGAGCAAAUCGGCCAGUCAGUUACUCAACGACCAGAAUCUGCAGGUCUACCCCGGCUCUUUAUCGUCUUCCUCAGACCUGCUGUCGUCCUCUAACCCUCCGGUCAGCACCAGCAGAUAUCCGGGUUCGUCCAGCAUGAGCAUGGGAGUCCCUCCCCCUCAGUAUAACAUCCAGUACGCGAGCAGCGCCGUGCCUAAAGACGGCCUCUGGGCUCAACGGGACCACCAAGGCUACCUCCCGCCUCAUCCACACUCCCUCGCCAACACCAACUACUCAAACCGUAACCAGGCACCUCCGUAUACUCUACAGCCCCAGCAGAGGGGCGUCCCUAUGGCCCCCAUGGGAGACUGGACCAAGGAGAGGCUUCAUUCUGCCAGUGGGCCGCCUCGAAGCAGCACUCUGCAGCGGCAAGGCAGCUCCGCCUCCUCAGUCUCCAUUGGCGACCCAAGGCGCGUCCAAGCUCCCGAGGGGGAGUACAUGACCUACAGGGACAUCCACACCCUCGCCAGGGGGCCACUGGCAAUGAGCCAGGCCAUGCAGAGGCCCUUCUCCGCUCGCACUUACAGCAUCGACACACCCAUCACUUCCAGGCCCGUCGCCGCCAGGCCCCAGCCCCACGAGCUUCCAGAAAGGACCAUGUCCGUUAGUGAUUUCAGCUACCAGCAAAGCAGCCCCAGCAAGAGGCCCAACACCAGGGUGAAGUCUGAGCACUCGCUUCUCGACGGGCCGGGUCAGGUGUCGGGAGGGAUGGGACCAGGGAGGGUGCCAACUGACUGGAGGGACCAAGUGAUGCGGCACAUUGAAGCCAAGAAAAUGGAGAAGAAUGCGCUGUCUCGCUCCUAUAAUUUCAAUACUUCUCCGCUGAGCUGGUCUCACUACGGCAGCUGUAGGGAUAUGCAUGCCAGCCAAGGGGGCAUGGCCUUUAGCGGAGCUGACCGACAGCCCUAUGGAGCCCUGAGCUUCCGUGAUGAUGUUUUUGUUCCCCAAGGGCCACAAAGCUACACCAUGGACCCCCACAGAAAAGUGCCUUUGAUGAAUGGUCAGAUGGGCCCUUCUGUUCGUCCUCAGAUGAGCCAGACCUCAAUGGCUCGUCACCCUUCCAGAGAGCAGCUCAUCGAUUAUCUGAUGCUCAAAGUCUCCCAGCAGCCCCACGGGCCUCCGCGCAUUCCUCACGACACGAUACAGCAAGAGAUCCGUGUGAAAGUAGAGAAGAAUCCAGAGCUGGGUUUCAGCAUAUCGGGCGGAGUGGGAGGCCGGGGAAACCCCUUCCGUCCCGAGGAUAAUGGCAUUUUUGUGACUCGAGUUCAACCUGAGGGGCCAGCGUCCAAAAUCCUUCAACCUGGAGAUAAAAUAAUUCAGGCAAAUGGCUACAGCUUUGUGAACAUCGAUCAUGGGAAUGCAGUGUCCCUGCUCAAGACGUUUCCAACCACUGUGGAUUUAACGAUCGUAAGAGAAGUGCAAGCGUAGACUCGACUGCAUCUGUCCGACAGACCGGUGCACCACAAGAAAGGAGAGCAAAGAAA